AUGGACUGCCCCAAGAGGAGACGCGACACGGAGGCGUCGUCGUCCGGGCUCCCCGACGACCCCCUGGUGGAGAUCCUCUCCCGCGUCCCUGCCAAGUCCCUCUGCCGCUUCAAGUGCGUCUCCAAGGCCUGGCGCGACCUCAUCGCCGAUCCCCUCCACUGCAAGAAGCUACCCCAGGCCCUAGAAGGGUUCUUCUUUAUGGUCGAAUUGCAUAUUUGUCAUGGCGAAAGCGACUGCGACGACGAGCCCUGCGCCUGUUACGGCGGGGACGGCGAAGCCCGCGGCGCUGAGGACAGCGACGAAGAUGAAUUGCCUCGCUAUGGUUUCGUCGACGUGUUGCAGAGAUCGGAAAAGUACUAUCAGCUAACUGUGUUAGAUGUGGAAGGGAACAUACAGAAGAUCAUCCCUCUACCAUGUCAGGCAGGCAGGGAAAGCUGGACGUUGUUUGAUUAUAUUGGACGGUCCCAAGGGUGCUUGCACUACAUCAACCAUGAAAUGGAUGAUGAAGGAUUUGACGGUGAUGGGUUAUUAAUCUGGGUUCUUGAGGACUAUGAGAGACAACAAUGGGUCCUGAGGGACACUCUAAGCUUUUCAAAGUUGUUUGGGGAAAGGAAUUGCCAUAAGGACAUUGACUCUGACUACAAUGUGGUGGGAAUUCAUCCAGAUCAAAGUUUGGUCUUUCUUGUUCAGGGCCAAAAGCUGAUAUCAUAUCACAUGGAUAGUAAGGAAGUGCGUGAUCUCUGCACUCUCGAACAUGGCUAUGACUAUGAGUGCAUUACUCCAUAUGUCCCCUGCUUCUCAGAGUUGUUGGCGCUUGAAAAUAAGCAGUGA